AUGGAACUAAACACUGAUGUAAAUAGUACAUUAAAUCUUGAGGAGAUUAUUAAAUGUAUACAAAAUGGGUGUGUACUAGAAGUACCAACUGAUGAAAAUCAUUUGGCUGAUCGUGAUGAAGCGUUAUUGGCUCAUUUAGAAAUUGCAAAAUCUAUUUUAAAUAAACUUAGCGUUUUGUUAAGUAGACUCUUAAAUAAUGAUGUAAACCUUCAAAUUAAGCUUCAGGAUAUAAUAAACCCAUGCUUAUAUUUAUGUGGUGAACAUUGCAAAUCAAAUUUACCGUGGAGUGAUGAAGAAAGUCAUACAUUAAUGAAAGUGUGCGUUGAAAAAUUGUGCAGUUUUGUUCAUUACGUAAACAUUGAAGAAUUAAUUACUCAUUUAGAUAUAUCUAAGAUAUUUUUUGGUUUGCAAUGUAAAUUAGAAAAUGAUAAUUGGAAAAAAUAUCCGGCUGCUGUUGAAUGUUUUUUAUGGAUAUUGAAAUGUUUAAAAAUGCCACAUUUAAAUUCUGUAUUAUACCUCGUGAUGCCAUUACCAUUAAAUAUGUUUGAUGAUUACCAAGAUUCAAGUAUACUUACCGCUUUAGAUGCUUUUCAACAUAUCAUUGAUAAUACACCGUCUGUUGAAUUAGCAAUGAGUGGCUAUGACAUUGUUUUAUUGAAGUCGUUAGAAACUGGUCUGCGUUCAUUUGAAUAUCAACUAAUACCUAAUUUAAUGAAAUGCCUUUUAUCGCUGAUUUCAAAAAUGCAAAUGAAACAUUUGAGUAAUAAAAAUUCUUUAGAAUGGACAAAAUUUGAUGAUGUUAUGAACAUUUUAUUGCCACGAAUGGAACUAGAACGUAAACAUGAACCAAUUGUAUGUUAUGCAUCAAUUUUUCCGCUUGUUUUGGAAUCCUCUGGACUUUCUUGCAUUCGUUGGUCAGAACGUUUGAUACCAUUAUUUGCAGAGUAUAUUAUGAACAGUCAAUCUACUUUUACUACAGUGAAGGCGAUUGAAGUAUUUAUUCAACAAACAUGGCCAAGGCAAUGUACACAUUGGAAUGUGUUACUAGUAAUAUUGAUCAAAGCUCUAUAUAGUGAAGAUAAAAAUUCUGUACAGCCUAAUAAAGAAAAUAUUUUAGCAAUUAUAGAAUGUAUUAAAACAUUAGAAGCAGCAAGACCUGAAUGUAUCCGUAACGUUUUGAAUAAAUUGAAGGAAUGUAAAGAAUUUCAAUCAAAAAUUAUAUUUAAAAAAUAUUUAGAGAUGUUAUAGCUCAAUAGUUGUUAGUUUAAAUAUAGUAAUAUUUUUAGAUUAUAA